AUCCACUCAUGUAAAACGGGAAAGGGUAUAUUCGUGAUUCACAUUCAUUUCAGUGAUGCGGCUUUCUCCAAUUGCACAAGGACAUCGAAUUACACCUGCAACAACAACAGGGUAACCCUUCCCUUCAUUCUUGGCGGGAAGACCUUAAAGCACUGGUCAAGCCGAGCGGGUGCAAAACGGAACAGAUAGACGCCGUUUCACCUUCUUCCACUUUAUUAGAGUUCAGACUAUGCAAAUUCCAAAACCAAAAGAAAAGAAAUGGAAAACCAAAAGAAAAAUGUAGAGACGCCAAAGCCAAUACCAAGGGUAGCUGUAGUAGUCUUCUUAUUGAAAGGAAAAUCAGUAUUACUAGGUCGCCGCCGCUCUUCCGUCGGCGACUCCACCUUUGCCCUUCCCGGCGGCCACCUGGAGUUCGGUGAGAGUUUUGAAGAAUGUGGGGCAAGAGAAGUGAAGGAAGAGACUGGCUUAGAGAUAACUAAAAUAGAAUAUCUAACAGCGACUAAUAAUGUUUUUCUUGAACAACAACCUAAGCCAUCUCACUAUGUUACUAUAUUUCUCCGUGCUGUCUCGGCUGAUUCUGAUCAAGUUGCACAAAAUCUUGAGCCUGAUAAAUGUUAUGGUUGGGGUUGGUAUGAAUGGGAUAAUCUUCCUGAACCAUUGUUUUGGCCGUUAGAGAAAAUGGUACUUAGCGGGUUUAAUCCUUUUCCUGCUUUCUAGUUAUGGAAAUACUUGCUCCGUUUGCAGGUCUCCGGUGACAAUACUAAUUGGGAGUUUUUCUUUUGGGUUUGUACUGGGUUUUGAUGGGGUAUGUUGAGUACUAAUGGCGAAUCUUUUUGUACAAUUGUAUGAUUUGAAAAGCUGUAUCGAGUUUAAAUUUGCUAUUACUAUGUUCUUUUGUAGUGA